UUCCGGGUGUGCGCGCGCACCACCGGUUCUCAAGAUGGCGUCCUGCAGUCGGACGUGUGCCUUGUUUUGUAGCAGAUGUUUGUGUUUCCUGGUGUUCCUGGUCCUACAACUUGUCAUCAACACAAGUGUGAGGGGCUCAGAGCUACAAUGGGACAGCAGAGGGUACAUCCUGUACUGCCCUUGUAUGGGGAGGUUUGGUAACCAGGCUGACCACUUCCUGGGAUCACUACAGUUUGCUAAGGGCCUGGACAGAACUCUGGUGCUGCCACCAUGGAUCCAGUACAGGCACAGGAAACCCCCAUACACAAAUCUCCAUGUCCCAUUCAAAGACUGGUUCCAAGUGGAACCACUUCAGGAAUAUCACCGAGUGCUUCCUAUGGAAGACUUCAUGGAGCAGCUGGCACCAGAGCACUGGCCUCCCGAGAACCGCAAGAGCUUCUGCUUCACAAUGGCUGCACAGAGGUCUGUGGACAAGAAAAGUUGCCCUGCAAAGGAGGGAAACCCAUUUGGUCCGUUCUGGGACAACUUUGAUGUAGACUUUGUUGGCUCGGAGCUGUACGAGGGUCUGUCCUACAACACUCAGGACAGGGGCAUGGUGGACAAGUGGCAGAAAAAAUUUCCUCCAGACCAGUUCCCAGUACUGGCCUUCAUGGGUGCCCCGGCCAACUUCCCUGUCCUCCCGCAGAACAUCGACCUCCACCGCUUCAUGCACUGGUCCGACAACAUGGUGGAACAGGUCAGCCAGGUCAUCGAUCAAAACCUUCCACGGCCGUUUGUCGGGAUUCAUCUCCGGAACGGGAUGGACUGGAAGUCGGCCUGCGAGCAUGUGGACGGCAGCAGGCCCCACCUGUUUGCGUCGGGUCAGUGCGUCGGGUACGACAUCAGAACCGCCAAGACGCUGACCCAAGACAUGUGUUUUCCCUCCAAGAAAGAGGUGCUUAAGGCUGUAAGGAAAGCAGUUAAAAAGGUCAAAGCCAAAUCCAUAUAUGUAGCAACAGACAAUGACCCCAUGUUACCUGAGCUGAGGAAAGAAUUCAACCAAUUGUCAGUCUUCCACCUGAACCCAGAGGUUCCCCAGCUGGACCUGGCGAUUCUCGGCCAGGCUGACCACUUUGUCGGAAACUGUGUCUCCACCUUCACUGCCUUUGUCACGCGCGAGAGGAAAGCUGCCAAUAAACCCACCACAUUUUUUGCAAACAACAAAAAGAAGAAAGAUGAGUUAUGACCAGCCUUAGGUAGAGCCUGUGUCAAAUCUUUUGCAACUGUAUUUAUUCCUUUAUGGAGUAGUAGUUGUGUAGUGUAUCACAAGUAGGUAAGAUACAAUGUUCAGCAGGAAUAGAUAACCCCCCUCUGCAAUAUCCUUUUCCUGGUCAGAUAUCAUACUGCCUGUAUAGUCUCAUCACUUUAUUGAUGAAUCAAUUUAUUGUAAUAGUUCAAAUUUGGCAGGGAAAGAAAAAUAGUUUAAUUAGAAUUCAAUGAUAGUGUGUUUUGAUAUAUAUAACACAGUAUGAUAUGCUAUUUAUAUAUAAGUACAUUUGUAUAUGUAGAUCUAUGUAUGUAGGGAUGAGUAAUGGCAGAAGUGCAAUGCCUGAUGUCAGAGAUUUAUAUUCAGUAUUGUGCUAGAUUUUCUCACAUUCCUUAGCAAUAUAAUAUAUCCAAACAAAUGUUAUGUUGCAGAAUACAUGAAGACCUUACGGGGCAUUUUCCCCACCAUCCUGAAACAUAUCAUGUCCCCAAACAUAUCAAAGCAAUAUAAGAGGCAUUUUUAAGUAUGUCAAUAAAGAAAACAAUGUGCUAACCUUCA